CUGAUGUGUUUUUGUUGUUCCGAUGAAGCUGAAUGAAUUUUCCGGCAUGGUCCUCAGGUUAAACAGAACCUUUAAGCUCUGAAGCAGUUUCCUGUCACGGAUCUCGGCGGAGCACCACCGGGAGAGGACCGUCAGCUGGCCGGUUCCGUUACAACUACCGAUGGAGGAGGGACGGAGCACCGGGAACGGGUCCAGCCGGGCCGCCUGGCUCCUCACGCAGGCCCAGGUGGCGGUGGCGGUGGGCGUCAUCAGGAGCAGACCCCCUGGCACCAGCGGCCGGGAGCACGCCGAGGAGCUGGGCCGCAGAAUGAGGAGGCAGGAGGCGGCGUGGAGGGAGACGGCCCAGGUGCUGCGGCAGGAGGUGCUGAGGCUGAGGCAGGAGCUGCUGAUGUCCAGGAGCCUGGUGGAGGCAGAGAGGAGCAGGCAGACGACAGCUGACGCCGUCGUGGAGGACACGUCUCUGGACCUGUUUGCUCCGCUUAGCGGUGCAGAUCCUCCACCAGACCGAGACUCUGAGACUCCUGACCUCCUGCUGCAGGAGCCGGCUGCUCCGCCUCAGCAGAGGCAUUGUGGGAGCGACGCGCUGCUUCCUCACAUGCGCUUCCUGCAGCACCUGUGCUCGCUGCAGCGCCUCGACGCCAGCAGCUCAGGCCUCCAGCCUCCAGACGGCGACGGCGGCUCGGUGGUGGCACAGACCGUCUGCCUCCUCCUGGACUCGGUGGCGGCCGCCUGCAGGGACCCCCCCGCCCUGGCCCCCCCCGACCUGCUGCUGCAGGCCUGCCGGGUGGCGUCCCGAGCCUCGGAGCUCCUCUGCUCGGCCGGCCGGCCAUCUGUGGACUUCAUGAGGCGUGUGGAAGAGCCGCUGAGGGAGCUGACUCAGAUGCUGCUUCACAGCAAACAUCCCAGCAUGGUUGCAGGGAAGCUGUCGGAGUCCCUGAUUGCCCUGGGGAGCUGCAGCAUAUCAAAGUCCUUCCUCAUCUGUCACAUCCUGUCGCAGAUCAGCUCUCUGGCUGAGCAGCUCUGGCAGACCUCCCAGGUGCAGGAAAGCUCAGUCCUUAGAAGAUUCCCCAUGGACCAGUACCAGAACUCUUUCCACCUUCUCUGGAUUCUGGAGAGACUCUUGCAGGACGCAGAGGUACCUUGGUGGAGGGCAGAUGUGGAGUCAGAGAAGAUGAUCUUCCUGCAUCACCUGGAGCAUCGCCUCUUUUUCUUAUCCGAGGAAUUUCCUCUGUUUUCCAUCUACAUGUGGAGGAUCGGAAACCUGCUUACAACAACCAAAUAACAUGUUUGACAGGGAAUAAGGGAGUUUGUUGGAAAACUGACUGAAUUUAAUUCUACAUUUGGUUUAAACUGUCUCAGAAGAUGAAUAAAUAUUGGACCUGGAAACAGGUUAAAAUGGGUCUAAAAUGAACUAAAAAACAAUUUGUUUUCCCACAUAGUUCAAAAUCUUUGAACAUAACUUGUUUUUAUUCUACUAGGAAAUUUAAAUAUCUGGGAUUUUGCUGGAUUUCUGUUUACUCAACAGAUUUAUGAAGGUUCUUGACUGAUUUCAAAAAUUGAUUUGUGACUCAAUUUUCAGAGCCAAACAAAGGCGAAGAGAUCCUUAUGUUCAAAUUAUCACCUGAACAACAUCUAAAAUUAAAGGUUUUAGAAUUUCGACCCCAGAUUUCGCCUCGGGUCGGUUGGCUGACCUGUGACGAUACGUGAAAAUUGCGUGCUUCAUAUUGUCUCAGUGCUGCCUUCACCUCCGCAGCAGCGGCGCCGACAGUUUCUGGUAAAGAUGCUGACGUUGCUUAGCAACCACACAUUUGCAUUGUUUGCACUUGGAUCCAACUGGUUGGCAUGGCAACCAGAAGAACAACAAGAAGAUCUGAUUUUUCUGCUGGAGAAAUUAAACAAUGAUUCAUCAUUGAGAGUUUUUAUUAUUCACCCUAAAAGUGUUGUAAAGAGGUAUGAAUUUUUGAUAAAAGGUAUUUCUUAAAUUAUAUGUUUUAAACAAGAUACAUUUUAUGGCAAUAAACAUAACAGGUGAUCACAGCAUGUAAAGACUGAGACGUCUGCCCAUCUGAACAGGUCCAGGAGGGGAACACACUCUCCUCAUGCCUCCCAGAUACCAACGUGUUCUCAAAGCCUGAACAGAUGCUGUUCAGGCCUUUCCUGCAGGAAAUUCUGCAGGGGUGGUUUAGUUAGAACACCUUUAUAUGAAAUGGACUGAAUGUAUAUAGAGUUUUAAAGGAGACAUAUUUAGAAA